CCGCGAGUUUCCGGUGAGGUUUGUUUUGAAUUUUAGUGAAACGCUGAGAAACAGUUACUCCCGAGGACAAAGACAUGUCCACUUUGUUUCCCUCGCUCCUGCCGCGGAUAACCGAGUCCCUGUGGUUUAAUCUGGACCGACCGUGUGUGGACGAGACGGAGCUGCACCAGCAGGAGCAGCAGCACCAGACCUGGCUCCAAAGCAUUGCUGAGAAAGACAACAACCUGAUGCCCAUCGGCAAGCCCAUAUUUGAGGCCGGAUAUGAGGAGGAGGAGGAGGAGGACGACGAGGAUGAAGAGGACAGUGAGGAAGACUCUGAGGAUGAGGAGGACAUGCAGGACAUGGAUGAGAUGAAUGACUACAACGAGUCUCCAGAUGAUGGCGAGAUCAAUGAGGUGGACAUGGAAGGGACAGACCAAGAUCAAGACCAAUGGAUGAUUUGAGUCUCAAUACAUUUUUAGUCUCUUUCACUCUCUGGUUGCUGGACUUUCUGCUUCCAUGAAAUCUGACACAUGUCCUGUGCUUUAACGUGGACUCACACACAGCUCUACUUUACUGAGGUGUGCACAAACACUGGCGGGAGAGGCCAUUCUUCUAAUGAUCUCCAGUUAAACUUUGACUUGGUCAUAUCUUUCAGUCAUGUGCUGAUCAGUCCCCAAACAACUGAGGGCAGAGAAACAUCAGUUCUGUCAGCAGAAUAAUUUGUUACCUAUGAAAAACACAUAUAGUUUUACCAUGCAGUAAAGUGAUUAGCUCUCUGUUAUAGCUGAGUUUUAUUGCGACAUCAUACCAUCAGUACGUCGUCAUUGGAAGUAAUGAAAAAACUAUCAGGCUCAGAUAUUUGAUUUCCACUAAGAUGCCUCAGACUACAUGACAAAAGCUGCUGUUACUGCUGAGGAAGUUUGGCUUUCUGCCAUUUGUUUUUUUUUUUUAAUUCAUUUUUUUUUCUUUUUGCAAUCUGUAUUCUCAAAGAUAUUUCCUAUUUGUGAAAAUUUAUUUAAAUGAAGACAUAUUUUUGUUUUUAAAAGUCUCGCUUUUUUAAUAAAUUAUAAAAAUGA